GUUAUUUAAUAGACCCGUGUAGCUUGUGUUAUCAGUUUAAAUCUAAUUGUAAUCAUAUACUAGUACACCGUUUACAACGAUGUCGAUAUUUUGAAAACCUCACGAACUGUCUAUAUAUAGUAUGUCUAUGUAUAGCCGUAUUACCCUGGAUCAAUAGACGACGUUUCAGAAAUGUUAGUAAAAAUGGCGAAUAAAGUUAAAUUGUUGUUGAUUAUAAUCAUAGCCAAGAUCCAUAUUUGUCAGGCAUGUGGUGGCGGAAGCGAAUGUCCAACACACAAGCCGUUCUGUUCUAGUGCUGGAUGUGUAGAAGAAUGUCCCGAGCCAUUCUACAAAAACAACACUAAGUGUGUCCUCAACUGUGGGGAUAUGUUUGUUGGAGAGGACAUGACCUGUGUGCAAGCUUGUUCUGAUCAAGAGUUCAUUGAAGAAACGUUAAAAUUUGUCGGACAAGAGUUUAUAGAACGGAAAUGUGUAAGAUCUUGUCGAGAUUUUAUAUAUAAUAAAACAUGCACACAAUCGUGUCAUAUGCACAGCAAUGUUAUAAUGGGCGAUGACUUGAACCUAGCUGAACCUGGAAAACGAAUGUGUGUCGAACAAUGCCCUGAUACACACUUAUAUAAAACUAAUGUUACGUAUAGGAAGAAGUCAGUUGCGUUUUGCUCAAAGGGGUGUAAUUUUUUAAUUGAAAAUGGCUAUUGUGUCAGCAGUUGCUCUGAAGGUAAUGUGAUAUUUAACAGAACCUGCAUUGCUAGCUGUCCGAAGUCCCAUCCUGUAAGGAACCAACAGGGAGAGUGCACACAAAUCUGUACUGAAAUUAACGACAACGGCAUGUGUGAUUGCCCUCAGAAUAUGUCAUAUAUCCAAAAUAAAACAUGCGUUUCGGAAUGUUCGCCUUCAAUGUUUAUUAAGAAUUGGAUUAAUCGAAAUUUCUGCGUACAGUCUUGUGACCCAGGAGACUAUAUAUUGAAUAAAACUUGCGUAAUGAGCUGUCCUUCAGACAUGUUUGUAGCGUCAAAUGAGUGUCUACAGUCAUGUCCGAAAAUGAUGCCCUUUUACUGUAGAAACAGCGAUAUUUCCUCUUACGAAAAAAUACCAUUCACUUGCUUCAAAACGUGUCCAGAAGGCUUGUUUAGUGACAAUUUCGCGUGUAUUAAACAGUGUCCAAACUACACAGUAGACGGAGAGUGUCUGAAUAACUGUCCACACAAUAAACAUUUGGUAUUUGAGAACGCAACAGGCCUAAAUUGUGAGUAUUUGAGUUGUUCCAGUGUGGUUCAUCAAACUAAUUGCUUGAGUAUGUGCCCGUUCGGAUAUUUUCAACGCAAUAACGAUUGCAUAGCAGCAUGUACCCCAGAGGAAUAUAUUUUUAAUUCCACAUGUCUGUAUGAAUGCCCAAAUAAAAUGAAAUCACGCCAACAAACUGUUCAUUAUAGUGAUUUCCAGUACUAUGGUUAUAGUUAUCAUUUUACUUCAAAAUCAACGCUGACAAACAUGUGUGUGGAUAAUUGUGAAGCAAGGUCAUGGAACAACACGUGUGUUAACAAAUGCCCCGAUGAUGACGUGUAUUAUCAAUACGUGGUAACAAAUCCAUGCAAAGAUAUCUGCAGCAUAAACGCAGUUAACAGGUACGCAAGCUGUUAUGAAGAGUGUUCUGAAGAUAUGUAUGCAUUAAAUAAUUCAUGUAUUUACUAUUGUCCAUUGCCUUAUGUAUCAGUUAGGGGGUCAUGUUUAUUGUCAUGUCCACACAACCUACCUUUCAAAAACGCAACAACGUUAAAAACAAAAGAAUGGAGACAAAACAAAGACAACACGUGGACAUAUCAAACAUACGAUAAUAACAUCGUCGAGUGCGUGUCUGAGUGCAAUCGUAGUGGGCGACCAUUAGAUUUUGAUGCAUUAAAGUGUGUAGAGGUUUGUCCGAACUCCAAUGGGUAUGUGCAAGACAACGUCUGUAAGCCUAAGUGCUCGAAAAAUAUGGUUGUCAAUAAGGAAUCCUUCGGAAUGGAAUGCCGCAUGUCGUGUCCAGAUGGAAAGGUACUGUACAACCACACAUGCAUUCAGAGCUGCCCAAAUGAAGCCAAAUAUCAGUACGGAGGAAUCUGUAUAACAAUGUGUCCAUCUGACAGUCCCUUUGGAGUUGUCGAUAUGAACAAUAGGUGUGUUAAAGGUUGCGAAGAUGGGAAGUUAUAUCACAACGGCCAUUGUGUGUCCAGUUUUGAAUGCAAAAUUACAAUGAUAGAAUUUGAAGGCCAAUGUUUGGAGCGAUGCCCACAAGGAUACCGUUUCUCGUAUACAGACGAAUGCCUUAAAGACUCGAACGUUAUCGUAGCCUUGUCGGUGAUUCUAGCAACACUCAUUGCCGUAUUAGCAUACAAUCGCAAAAUCAUUGUGGACUAUGUACGUGUUUGGCGUUUAUUGAUAAGAUGGAGACCAAGUGGGGUUCAAGAAUUUUUGAAAAUCCUUGAACAGCCAGAACCAUUUCAGUUCGAGAUUGACGAUGACCCUGUCCCAGUCAUGUUUCACAAUCCAGAUAUAAAUGAUGAUGGUGAGCCAUUACUUCAGCUUGAAGAACUGACGUAGAAGGUGGUUUAUCCAACAGCAUGUUCAUUUCAUGCCAAUAUCAUUCAUACAAUAUUCUCUAUUUAACAUGUAUGUUGAGAUGUUAAGAUAAAAGUACAUUAGGUAUAGACCAGUUCACGCGUGACGUCACGCGCACCUGCGUGUUUACAUCCGGGCUAUAUAUUGGUAGUCAAAAGAAAGAUACAAUCAAUGGGGAGA